AUGCUUCGCCGCUGGCUCGCUCGACCGGAUUCUCUGCCUGUUAUUCAAGAGUGCAGGGACAUCUUUGAUAGAGUAUAUGCACCCAAGAGCGUUGAAAAUUCCAGCCAAGAACGACGAACAGCAAUCCUACGUGCCACACUCAAGUUCGAAGGUGUUAUAUACAGUAGGGCAUCGACACACUUGGGGAACAGCCAAAUUCUCUUCUACCCCCGAGGAGACCGGACAUUGACCCCUGUCCCUGCCAGCAUCAAAUACAUCUAUGGCACGCUGACAGGGGAAUUGUUGUUUGCUGCACAGAGACAUCUCCCGCUGGAUCGUCACGACUGUACGAUCGAUCCCUUCUCAAUUUAUCCUGAUUUCCCUGCAAAAAUGUACUCGACAGAGCUCGAGAGUCGCCUGGAAAAUGUUAAGGUAACCUGGGUAGUCAGUCACUUCGCGCGAUGGACGGUUUCCGACCGUCACGCAGUAAUUCUAUCCCUAUCUCGUGAUUGA